UCUCCGAGCUUGCAAGAGGGAACGUGAAGGCAACAUCACCAAUGACAUUUGGCGCCUUGCAAACGAGCCGCACUGAAGAUGGACGAUUAAUUUGCGUUUAGUAAGUAACCACGAUGAGGAGACAUGAAAACCAGCCGCCAAGGCCUUCAGCAGGCUGUCUGCCUGUGCCGAUCUUCAACCAGAAGAAAAGAAUCAGAGUUCCUUUGACGUCCGCUCCGUCUGAGAAUGAAUUCUUCUCCCACAGCGAAUUCACGGCGAGCGCCGGCUCAGCUGCGUCUCGCAGCACAUCAGGCACCUAUGGAUCUUACCAGGCCUCAGGUCCGUCCUCUGGGGCACCCCAAAGCCUCCAAUGGAACAGACAGGGCUUCCCUCAAUCUACUCCACCCCAGCAGCAACAGCAGUAUGGCAGCAACAGACCUGCUCUUAAAUCUGUCCCUGCAAUGAGAACCUAUGCACCCGCACCACAUCCUUAUAAAGUUGGAGGCACGAGCUCUAAGAUCGGACAGCCCAGCAACCCAGUGAAACAUCAGCAAUCCGGUGUUAACUCCAGACAGAGCGAAUAUCAACCCGCAUGCACCAGUCAGAGCGCACAAAGCAAACCAAAACCCAACACUGUGUUCUCUCAAAUGGGUCAGCAGUCAUCUUACAGACCACCCAAUCCCCCGCAUCAGUAUUCCCAGCAGUCCAGACCUCUGCCUGCUCCUAUGCCACCACCUGCCAGCAAGCCCCCUGCUCGUGCAGCGCAGCCACAAAACAACUCCUGGAAGUUUACGAACAGCUUCGGCCCACAGAAACCUCCCUUUGACGGAAACAAGAACACAAAUCAACCUCGGACUGCACAACAAACUCAAACUGUGCAAAUGAAGCCAGUCGCUGAACACUCCCUGAGGAUCCUGACUGCAGUUAUUGAUGGCAUGAGACACUGGAGCCAGUUUAAAGACAAAGUGCCAUACUUAUUUGAGAUAUUUGCUUCUCUAGACUCUGCUGUCACUCUGGGUCCUCACGGAGCCAAGAACUUCCUCAUGAGAGACGGGAAGGAGGUGGUGCAGUGUGUCUUUUAUGAAAAUGAGCAGGAACUGCCCCGUCUCAUUCGCGGCCAAGUUCAUCGCUGUGUGGGAAACUAUGACCGCAACAGAGAUGUCCUGACGUGCGUGUCCGUCAGACCCGCCAUGCCCUCAGAGCUGAGGAACGCACAAGAGGCUGUGAAAGUCUGUGAUGCGGAAAUGAGGGCGCUGGUCAAAACGCUCAGCGAGGUCUGAGCACGAGGAAGUAUCUUCAGCAAGUAAACACCAGUGUUUGAUGUGGGCACAUGAGAGCCAAGCUUAGUGCUAUAUAGUAUUACAUAACUCUUCUCCCAGUAUUCAGUGAGAGAAUGUUGUAUGCAAACAAAAUGCACUGGUGCUGAAGUUUAACAGUUGAAUUCACUCGCCUGUUCUGGCGUAAAAUGUCUUUGUAUUUAUUUAUGAAACAAAUAUAUAAAGAGUUUAACGGUAAGUUCUGAAAUAAUUUUUUAUUACAAAGAAAAGUCACAGAACAGCAAACAUCGUUUGGAGGUUAAUUCAGGGAAAGCAAACACGAUGAGGUAAUAUUUCAAAAUAUAUCUUUGAAAAACGGGGCAGUUAAGAAUAACGUGAUAUCAAGUACAGUUAGUUUAUUUACAGUUAAACAUCACAAUGGAAAAAAAACAAAACAAUAAAUCUACUCUACCAAAAAACAGUUUCACCAGUGCUGAGACUUUACACACAAUGGUUCAACAAAUAGGGGAAUAAGUCCAGUGCAGUCACGCUAGUCAUUCCCAUAGUCAAGCACAGUAUGAGGUCCAAUACAAUACCAAGUUUCUCUCCUGACCUUCUUUCAAAUAUGGCAACAUAAUCACAGUAAUUAUCUUAACGUCAGGACAUGUUAUUAUGGGAACCCAAAUUUGGGAAAUAUUUAAGAUUAACCCAUUAGCAAAAAUCCAACCCAUUAUUUAACACUAAUACGCACAUAAACACCCACUAUCAAAGGGAGUCUAGCUCAAUGAAAUUGGCAGUGUACAGGGACAGUAAGUGGAGAAGUAGACAUUUUGUCCUUUGAACAUGACAGGAAUGGUGCCAGCGUUAAAAAAGGAGAAGUGACGGAGAAAAAAAACAAAACACAGCAAACACAUUAGCUUAUUUGAGGAGCUAAUUAUUUUAAGCCACAUUUUUUUUUACACAUAAUGUGAAUAAUGUGUCAGCUCAGCACAGAUAACCAAAGGCAGAGUUCAAUUUGUACAGCUCCCUCCUCUACCACUCAAUGUCUAAAUCACAUGGGACAAGGGUGCCAGGAAUUAAUCUGUUAGCUGCUCGUCACAACCUUUUUUAAUAUAUAAUUCAAAGUUACCUCUUCUGGGAUAAUUGGUAAAAAUGUCUCUGGGCGUAAUUGAACACGAGUACAUUGCUUUUUCUCUUUCCUCAUCUUUCUAUCCAUUAGAAGACAUCAUCUUUUUCUUUUUUAAUCCUCCAAGAACAUUUCCUCAAGUUAAUGAGAUCAUACUGCAUCAAGUCCAGGAGAACCUCUUAAAUAUAAGAGAACAAAAAAAAAAACACACAUCACACAAGAGGACCCACGUUUUUUUCAGCAGAAAAAAGAUGACAACCUGAUAAUUGUAUUGACACUUCGUCUUGGUUAUGUUAAAAGGCACAAGUUGGUCAGAUCACAUUUAAAAUCUAGAUCAAUUGUUCUACCAUUAACAAAGCCCAUCAUGCAUUUUUGACAAAAUUCCUACACCUCCCUGCCUUUUGCGAUCAUUUUUUUUUGUUGUUCCUGAAUUAAGUGUGUUUAGUAUUGUGUGUGUCAUAGACAGAAAACAAUUGCUUAAAGUUUAACAAGCGAGUUACAUUUCACAAACAAUUCUGGGAGAAAAAGAUUAACAAAACGAUGCGAUAUCCCAACAUAAAAUCUUUUGACAGCACUGCUCUGAAACCACUACUUAUUAUGAUGAUUCGCUUCCUCGUUAUGAGAAAGUGUUUCCAUCUGUCCUCUCGGCAGGUCUGAUGCUGUGUCCUUUCCUUAGCGGCAGCGCCGCCUUUUGAAAGCUUAAACGUCUUCGGUUCACUGCCUGGUCACAAGACUGCAAGGCAGAAAAAGUCUGAAGAGCAAACAAACAAAAAAAUCCUUCAAAGUGUCAGAGUUUUUAAUUUCGAAACUUCAAACAUCAGCUUGGUUAAAUCCAGGCUUUAUGUACAGUCCAAACACUUUCACACAAAACAUUGUCACUGGAUGCAACUCCUUCAGAGCUCAAUCUUUGUUCAAAGGGGCUCCAUCGUUGGAUCGAAUGUUCUUCAGAGCCUCUUAUUGAAACAUUAUUUGAUUGAAUGAGUCAAAAUAACCUCAUGCUUCCACUCUCUGUACGCAGCCAGUCUGUUUUGGAAUGUUACAUAUCUUGAUUUGUUACCCACAACGAAAAAACACUCACAUUUUUUUUUUAGCAAGUACUUGUUACUUUAAUUUUCUUUUAAUCGUGUUAUUAUAUUAUCAGUCCUUUUUUAAUCAUCGUCUCCAGAGCUAACAGGAAGAAAACAUUUAAGUCAAACUGCUGUAAAACUGUUAGAUCUGAGGGUAAAAAUGAUAACCACAAAGCAUUAUUAAAACAUAAAACAUUCCAUUGAAAUUAACUGAAUCUGAAUUUGUUACAUAACAGAUGCAGGAAGACAGUGCUCGUUGUUGAGUGUCGGCUUCAGUUAUCGCUGAGUGGAGCUUCCCAAACAGCAUCACUGUUAAAAAAAAA